GGCCGGACGGCUACGCUACCGCCCGCUUGCCCAUGCCGAGUCCACGCCCGCCAGGCUGGAGCCUAGGCUCGUUCCUGCCCAGCGAUCUGCGAUCGAUUGAUAGUGCCUGCACGGUGUGCGCGGAGCUCGAUUGGCCUCGCCUGUGAGGGGAGGAGCCUCCGCCGCUGCCGCCGCGGCGGGCUUGGUUUGUGAGGAAGGGCCUAGGCCCGGGCCUGCGGUGGUAGGGCUUGCGGAGAGCCGGGGCUCGCUGACUGCCGUCUCCUCUGCCCUAGCUUCGCCCACCUCCGCUUCCCAGCGGGCUGGGCGCGGGGACGACCUGCCGGAGUCAUGGAGGACGAGGUGGUCCGCAUCGCCAAGAAGAUGGACAAGAUGGUGCAGAAGAAGAACGCGGCUGGAGCAUUGGAUUUGCUGAAGGAGCUUAAGAAUAUUCCCAUGACCUUGGAAUUAUUACAGUCCACAAGAAUUGGAAUGUCAGUUAAUGCUAUUCGUAAGCAGAGUACAGAUGAAGAAGUUACAUCUUUAGCGAAGUCUCUCAUCAAAUCCUGGAAAAAGUUAUUAGAUGGGCCAUCAUCUGACAAAGACCCUGAAGAAAAGAAAAAAGAACCUUCAAUUACAUCACAGAAUAGCCCUGAAGCAAGAGAAGAAAGUAGCUCCAGUGGCAACGUAAGCAGCAGAAAGGAUGAGACAAAUGCUCGGGAUACUUAUGUUUCAUCUUUUCCUCGAGCACCAAGCACUUCUGACUCUGUGAGAUUAAAGUGUAGGGAGAUGCUUUCGGCAGCUCUUCGAACAGGAGAUGACUACAUUGCUAUUGGAGCUGAUGAGGAAGAGUUAGGAUCUCAGAUUGAGGAAGCUAUAUAUCAAGAAAUAAGGAAUACUGACAUGAAAUACAAAAAUAGAGUACGAAGUAGGAUAUCAAAUCUUAAAGAUGCAAAGAAUCCAAAUUUAAGGAAAAAUGUACUAUGUGGGAACAUUCCUCCUGACUUAUUUGCUAGAAUGACGGCAGAGGAAAUGGCCAGUGAUGAGCUCAAAGAGAUGCGGAAAAACUUGACCAAAGAAGCCAUCAGAGAACAUCAGAUGGCCAAGACCGGUGGAACCCAGACUGACUUGUUCACAUGUGGCAAAUGUAAAAAGAAGAAUUGUACUUACACACAGGUACAGACACGUAGUGCUGAUGAACCAAUGACAACAUUUGUUGUGUGUAAUGAAUGUGGAAAUCGAUGGAAGUUCUGUUGAGUUGGAAGAAUUGGCAAAAUGUCUGGACCAUUAAGAAAAUGGAUUUUGUAAUUAGCUUUAAAACUAAGCCAAGCAACUAGUUUUCCUGCAUAUCAGAUUUUUAAAGCAACAUACAUCCCUUGGGAUAGUCUUUGUUUUUGACCUAACAUCCCUUCUUUAAAUGCCUUCUAUAGUUUCAGAUCAGUAGGGAGACCGUACAAUAAUUGUAUGUUUCAAAACUAUUUUUUUUCAUUUUUAUAAGUUGAUAUUAAACUUUUACCAAUUAAACUUCUGAAAAUUUAUUUUUAUUUUUUUCUUCUUAAAGGAAAAUGUACCUUUUUUAAUAGUAUGAAACAUACACAGUAGAAAUCCACUGUUAUCCUGUUAUUAAUACAUAAAUGGCAAUUACAUUUUUUCCAUAUUGGCGUGUAUCUACAAAUAUUAAAGGAGGAGAAAAGGUAAUAUAAUUUUAGGUUUACCAAAUAUGGUGUGUAUCAAAUAAUACUUGACCAGCUUAUCUAAAUUGUACAUAAUAUUUGAACUAGCAUAUGAAUUUGAUUUUAAUUAUUAUGUUCACAAGCCUGGGAUAUUAGAUACUAUUUUGCCUCUGUAACUAACCUGAUCAUUUCUUGUAAUUUCUUAUACAUGUAUAUUACUUGUUCUUAAUAGAUUUGAAUUCUGGAAACAUGACUUGACUUUGUUGAAA